AAUAACAAUUAAAAAAUAAUCAUUCUUUUCUGACCAAUUUUGUAUACACAUUCGAAUUUGCGUCCUUAACAGCAUACAGAAAGAAACUACUCUCCUGGAAGGAACCAAAAGUUGCAACUAUAUAACGAAAUAUGGCUGCCAUGCAGACGACAACAACAGCAACCAGUUCUCUUAUUCUUUCAAUCAUUCUUAUUAUCACACUAACCUCACUAAACAUCGAAGCGAAGGAACUCGACAAUGAUUGCGAAAUGAAAAUCCCUCCCAAUGUCAGUGAGAUUUUAUCUCGUUUAGUGAAAUUGGGAAAAAAAGUUUUCAAUUUUGAAGUCUAUUUAUCAAACAAGACACUUGAUGACCUUCUUAAUCCUGUGCCAUUGGAUUAUUUUGCAAACGCGAGACACUUUACCUGGAUUCCAGAUGAACCAGACGGUUUAAUAGCAUAUAAAAAUUUCUACUAUGAUUUCUCAAGUUACUCUUUGAAUUUGUUAGAUGUUUACAUUGCUCAUCCAAGAAUUGAUAUCGAUAUAAAUUGUACAAAAGAAAAUAUUCAAAGACGCGAUAUAAUAAAUUUGAUAUUCGAAGAAUUGAAAAGAUUCGUAUUUAUACAAAAAUCGAUAAUGGGAAAAUCUGGUUACAUGUGUUUUUUUAUAAAUUUGUCUCAAGACAUCAAGAAAAACAAUCCUUUCUCAUUUGAAGCUUACAGAAGAAUGGGUAUAAAUCGGGAUUUGCUGAAGAAAUAUUGCUGCGAACUCCAUAAAAAUGAAAACCAUGUUUAUCAUCCAAAAUCCAUUUGUGCUGGAAAUAUUAUUAACGUCAGUAGGUUUCUCAAUUUUGAAAAAAUCGUCGCAGCGGUUUUAUGCGCAUAUUUCCCAUUGUUUAUUAAUUUUGUAUCAAAAGCUAAAUUACCUUCAUUUUCCCGUCAAAACACAUUGCCAUACAAAUUAGAAUGGAUCAACGAAAACCAUAAUACUUACAAUUUAACUGAUAUUCUGUCCUGGUUAUUUUGCUUUCACUAUUCCACAUUCUUUGCCUCAAGACUAAGAAGAUUCUUAUUUAUUCUAUUUCCUCUUUCAAUAAUUUUCCUGGAUCUUUUGAUGCAUUACUUCUUUUUGUAUAAAACGAUAGAAAUACUUUUCCAAGAUGGUAUACCAUUGGGACAUCGCGCCUUAAUAUUAGGAAUCCCAGAAAGUUAUGAGAAUACUGAUGGCUUUUUUGGUGGUCCCUUUUUAUGGUUUAUCUGUUACGUAUCUUUCAACUUUAUCCUCUUCGUUCUUCCCAGUCGUUUAAGUGAGACUAUCGCUUAUAAUACAUUACAUCAAAGAUCCACUUUCACGUUUCUCAUUCAAAAUAAGAGAGUAUUAGAGAAGUAUGGCAAUUUAGAUGUUUCUACUCUACAGGAUUAUGAUCUACUCUAUGCAAUAAUGAAAGCUAAUAUUUCUACUGCUUUAAACCCAAAUUUCUGGUAUUUAAUAAUUUACACUUGGAUCAAUCGUAUCAAGAAAAUUUGGUUAUAUUACUACAGGAGAAAUAUUUUCUGGAAAUUCAUUACACUUUGGCUCUUUGUUUCCAUUACAAUUUUAUUUGCUGUAUUUUCUGUCUGUGAAUUAUUUCUGUGCCUCAUGUAUUACGGAAUCCCAUUUGUUUAUUUGAUUUUAACUUUACCAUUAAGUUAUUCUAGAGUUUAUAUUUUCCCUCUCUAUGAGAAUCCAAAUUAUAUUUUUAAGAUUGUUGCUGUACUUCUAACUUUUCUAUCCUUACCGUUUUGUAUAUUAUGGGAACUUUAUUCAUUAUACAUUUUUAAUGUAACUUUGAUAGUUUUAUGUUCCUAUAUAUUUAACAUAGCUAUCGCAGUACUGGCUAAACCUGAUAAUGUCGGUGACGUAUGGUUUGCUGCCAUGUUUUUCGUGUAUGGCGUUACAAUUGUGAACGCCAUCAUGAAGCAGUAUCAAUCAGUAAUAGUUAAUUCUGUAAAGCUCACAAAAAUGUUUCGUCCAAGUUUGGUUCAGUCAAGCUACGGAGAGGAAUUCAUAAAUGCCAAUUUGUUUAAGACAAUUGUUAACCGUCAUUUUCCAUUGAGAUUCGAGAUUGGUAAAUCCAUUGUAAAACUGUUUCUAAUCGUAUCCUUUUUCUUUGCUUGCAACAACAUAAUAAGUCGAGAAUACUUAGACUUAUCAAUGUUUGCAAAGAUUUCUUUCAUAUUGAUGACGUCAUUGAUACCGAAUCUUUUGUCGAUAAUGAAUACUAGAUUUGUUCUUGAUAUAACCCUGUCAGAUAAAAUCGUUGAAACAAUCAAAUCAUAUGAAGAAGAGAAUGAAUCUCAUCUCUUUUAAUCAACGAAAUGAUAUUAAAAAUAUAUAUUAUUCGUAGCUUUAUAUGUUUUCUGCAAGUAUACCCUGCAUAUUGUACCAUAGGCUAUACAUUCACAGGCAGGCGCUGCUAGUUAAUAUAUGCGUAUACAUAUACAUACAUUCAUAUAUUCAUAUUUACAUGCAUGCGAUCACAUACAU